AUUUGUCGCUCAACGGUAGUUUGACGUCGUGUGGAGUCACAUCCGAAGAGCGACGGGCUAUGUCAAUUGUCUCGAUGACGGGUUCAAACUCAAUCACGAAAGAACUUGUGUACGUCUCCAGCUGUAUAGGCCCAAUGGCGAAUUUUUCUUCUAUACGACGCGUCGUAAAAGCAUUUAACGACCUUAUGCUAUUUUCCGUAUGUUAUUUCCCAUAAAGGCCGGCGGCAAGAAUUGCUCCUUGCUCCAAUACUACUAUUGUUGAGAGCUGGCUAUAUGACAAACAAGAAUAAUGCAGAGUAUUCUUGCGAUCCUUGUGACUGUGACGGCUUUCGAUGCUGUAAAGGCAUUUUCUCUCUAUAAAAAAGAUGUCCCAACAGUGGUAGCCCUAGAAAUCUCACGCAAUCAUGUUCUAGAUCCAGCAGUCAGAGAUCUUAAGAGGCGGAGAAGCAUGACGGUAAAUGAAACACUUGAUAACGAAGAAACGCUAUAUUUCAGCAAUAUCACUCUGGGAACGCCUGCCCAGAAGCUGCGAUUGACAUUAGAUACUGGCAGUAGUGACUUAUGGUGCAAUACUGCCAGUUCUAGUUUUUGCAGCAAGAAGAAUAGCGAAUGUUCUAUCUCUGGAACAUAUGACGCCAACUCCUCGUCAACAUACAAAUAUCUAUCGUCUGAUUUCAACAUCUCAUACGUAGAUGGCUCGGGCGCUUCGGGUGACUACGUCACUGACACACUGUCAAUUGGCGGCGUAUCACUUACAUCUUUCCAAUUCGGAAUUGGAUACACUUCAGAUUCAAUAGAGGGCGUGCUCGGUAUAGGUUAUACUAAAAACGAGGUACAAGUCAACAGAGACCGAAAAUCUUCAUAUCCAAAUCUCCCUCAGGCCAUGGUUGAUGGCGGUCUCAUCAAUCGAAAUGCUUACAGCUUGUGGCUCAACGAUUUGGACGCAAAUACCGGAUCCAUUCUUUUCGGAGGGGUCGAUAAUGGCAAAUACGAUGGUAGCCUGCAAACAUUACCAAUUCUAGCCAUAGAUGGCUCAUACGCAGAGUUUCUCAUAGUCUUAACCGGGGUCUCGUACAAUAAUGGCUCUAUCAAUAAAUCUUACAGCUCCGAUGAACUUCCCGCAGCAGUUCUUCUGGAUUCGGGAAGCAGUUUGACUUACCUUCCUGACACCAUAGUUGAAGAUAUUUAUAAUGAUUUCGGGGUGACUUAUGAUUCGUCUAGUGGAACGGGCUAUGUCCCGUGCACAUUGAUGAAUAAGGAUCUUAACAUUACGUUCACCUUCUCAAGCCCCUCCAUUACCAUUGCCAUCAAUGAGAUGGUCCUUGCGGCCGGUACGGGAUCAACCUUUUCUGAUGGCACCCCUGCAUGCGUGUUUGGUAUCGCGCCUGCCGGAAGCACCACCGCUGUCCUUGGAGACACAUUUCUUCGGAGUGCCUACGUUGUGUAUGACCUUGCGAAUAACGAAAUAUCCCUGGCACAAACUAAAUUCAAUUCUGCCGAGGAGAAUGUUGUGGAAAUUGGAAGUGGAACAACUGCUGUACCCGGGGCAACUGCUGUCUCCAAUCCAGUUAUAACGGUUGCUGGAGCUGGUACAGCCACUAUGACUGGGUCACCAGAAACUACCGUGGCUACAAGUAGCAACGCGGCGAGCAGAAGCUUGACAGGUGAUCUAGGAUGCCUUGGUGCGAUGGUGAUAACAACUGGCUUUUUUUUGACACUUUAGACUUUGAUUCGCCUGUGAAUAUUGAGGUUAUCGGUGUUACUAGGUUGAAUACACGGUACAUUAUUAGUACACAUGAUACGUAUUCUUGCAUGUAUAUAAGAAUAUAUAAAGUAACGAAUGCCAGCUAUUUAUUAUUCA